UUGGUAAAGAAAAUUCUAGCUCUCGCUUUUGUAAAGAAAAUUCGUACAAAUGGAGAGGACGUUAUAGACUUGGAAGUAUAACACAUCACCUCUUCCGCUGCUGCUGUUAAUGGUUACAAAAUCGGUCCAAAGCAGGGAUGGCUGGUUAAAAACAGUUGAUGGAAGACCACACAGUAAAACAAAUGAAAGACAGAGAAAGAAAACCGAAACGAAACUGAAGUGGGGAAGGAAACCCAUUGGUUCUGAAGGAGCUGCCUUCCAUGAAAUUCCAAUACUUGGAGAAAGUCAUGAAAAAAGUAAAGAGAUGGUUCACAAUGGAAAGAAGCAGCUGAAUUCCUCUGAGCAAGGAAGCAGCUUCAUUCAGCAAUUCUUCCUCACCCAAUGUGGGCGAAUCCACGCAGGAGACAAAGCGCACAUAUGCAUCGAGUGUGGGAAAAGCUUCAGGCAGAGCUCCGGUCUUGCAUCACAUCAGAGAAUUCACACUGGAGAGAAACCAUAUCAGUGCUUAGUUUGUGGAAAGAGCUUCAGGCAAAGCAUAAAUCUUAAAUCCCACCAAAGAAUCCACACAGGAGAGAAGCCUUUCAAGUGCUCUGAAUGUGGAAAGGGCUUCACACAGAGCGUGAACCUGAAAGCACACCUGAGAAUUCACACGGGGGAGAAGCCAUUCCAGUGCUCCGAAUGUGGAAAGGCUUUCACUCAGAGCGUGAACCUGAAAGCACACCUGAGAAUCCACACCGGGGAGAAGCCGUAUCAGUGCUCCGAAUGUGGGAAGGCCUUCACUCAGAGUGUGAACCUUAAAGCACACCAAAGAAUUCACACAGGGGAGAAGCCUUUUCACUGUUCCGAAUGUGGAAAGAGCUUUGCUCAGAGUAUGAACCUUAAAGCACACCAAAGAACCCACACAGGGGAGAAGCCGUUCCAGUGCUCAGAAUGUGGAAAGAGCUUCACUCAGAGUAUGAACCUUAAAGCGCACCAAAGAACCCACAUGGCGGAGAAACCGUUCCAGUGCUCAGAAUGUGGAAAGGGCUUCACUCAGCGCAUGAAGCUUAAUCCAUGAGUAUCCACAUUGUGGGAAACACUUUCAAAACAUGACUCUGAAGCUGUCUCAGUGGAUUCAAGUUGGGACAGUUCACACCUGGAGUUGCAUCAAGGGGUUUAAAUAAGGGAGAAGUCAUAGAAACACUUGGAAAAUUACAAAAUUAGUUUUGCUGAAAGCCUAACCUUAGUAGACAUUGUUUAAAAAUAGCAAAACCACAGAGUGGGAAUGAAGAAGCUCUGGCUUGUGCUACCUAGGUCAAUCUGUCUCUGCCUGUGGGGCUUCAAGAUGAGACCUUGCCCCAAAGGACCCCCCCCCCUUUUCUCUAAAGCCCUGCCCUUGUGAGUCUGCAGGACAAGGAGAGGGGAUACAGGACUGAUCCAAAGUUUGAGGUUCUCGACUUUGCUCUUCUCUGAUCUUCCCCGCAAAGGGAAGGUGAGGGAAUAUUAAGCCCACGACACACAGCCAGUCCCUCCUAUCACUUUUGUUCAGAUCUGCUCCCCUUCUGCCAGCAAGUGAAAACUUUCCUGUUCUGUCAGGCCCUUGCUUUGCUAUUUUGUUGGUUCACAUAUAUAGCCAUUUAAUGAAUUUUAAUGGUUUUAACUUCACAAAUUGUCUAAUUGUUUUUAAAAAUCACAUUUUCAUAUUUUUAAUUGAUGUUUUUGUAUAGUUCUUAACUUGCAUUAUUUUUAAAAUAAGAUGUCAGCCUCCUUGAGACCCGUUAUGGAGAAUCAGGUGGGAUGUCUGUGAAUAAAAUAAAUGUAUUUGGAUAAU